CGUGGGGAGGCGGGAAAUGAAAACGCUGUCGCAAGUUGUCCGUCGCUUGACGCCAGCAGCAGUCUGUCAGUGAUGUCCAAAGUAGAGAAGACAGACGUGGAAAGGACACGUCCCCCGCCUGUUAAAGUGCUGUCGGGACAGCUGAGGGCGGCAGGGAACUGGGGCACCGCUGAUAGCGGGGCCGGCUGUGUAAUUAGACUGGGCAGGGGACGCUCUUUGCCUGUCUCGCUGGUGUGGAUGCAGGGGACUGUGCUGGAAGUCCAGCAGGACAGAGACACCGUGCUGUUCAUGGAUGAGACGGGGACUUUCAUUGUUCAGGGUGUUAACAACAUCCCCAAAGGGAAACCGUGCUUGUCCCAAGGGAAAUAUGUCAUGGUGAUGGGCAUCAUUCAGGCGAUCUCACCAGAACCAGCCAUCCGUGCAGUGAAGAUGGCAGACCUCUCGGAGCUUGCUGCACUUCACAGACGGAUGUGGAAGCUUGAGGUGGAUGACCUGCAGCAGGUGCUGGCUUGAAUGCUGGGCUGAAGUGCUCCUCCUCCUGUAGCUUGCUACAUACUACUGAAGUGUCAAAUGUUACCUCAGCAGACUUAAAAGAUGACUUUCCUUUCUGCUGGACUUGUUUGAUGGAGGUCAAGUGAUUAAGAAAACUGGUGUGUGGCUCCUAAUCCAAAGUUGUCACUGGAGCUGUUAGAUGGAUAACUUAACCUUGACCAAAAAAAAAAAAAAAAAAAAACUAUCUUCAUUGUAC